AUGAGCACUCACUCCCCUACAUCGCAUGGCCCGGUCAAGGAUCCAAAUGGCGAUCUUGAAGCCAAUCCACGCCCAUCAACCAGUUCCUCAUUCCCAACAUCUAUGUAUCCGGAUAGCCUUCAUGCUCGUCUAUCACAUUUUACUUGGGGCUGGUAUACUCUGUCGAUGGCGACUGGGGGCCUAGCACUCCUCCUGCAUCCCAACACACAACCUCACGAUUUCAGCGGCCUCCUCACGAUCGGCAAGGUCGUCUUCAUCAUCGACCUUGUGCUAUUCACGACUAUAACAGCCGCUAUAACCUGUCGCUUCCUGAGCAACCCUGGCACCUUCCAGGCUUCACUCACCCACCCGACCGAAUCCCUGUUUGCUUCAACUUCCUUGAUCUCCCUCGCCAGCAUAAUUGCCAGCAUCGCUCACUACGGCAUUCCGGAAUGCGGUCCUUGGCUGAUCACCGCCGUCCGUGUUGUUUUCUGGAUAUUCUACGCUGUGAGCUGGCUAUCAGCCAUUGUGCAAUACGUACACCUCUUUACCAACCCCAGCUUGCGCAUUCAGGACAUGACUCCAGCAUGGGAUCUGCCCAUCUUCCCGGUCAUGCUUACAGGCACGGUGGCCUCCGCUGCAGCGCCGUUCCAGCCUGCGUAUCAGGCCGUGCCCAUGAUCGUAGCAGGAACGCUAGCCCAGGGCCUUGGCUUCUUGGUCUCCAUACUCAUGUAUGCCAGCUACCUCCGGCGUAUGAUCCAGUACGGCUUCCCGUCCCCAGGCUCAAGGCCUGCCAUGUUCAUCGCCGUUGGUCCGCCGAGCUUCACCGGUUUGGCACUCAUCGGCAUGGCGAACGCCUGGCCAGCCGACCACUACGACUUUUUUGGUGACGCAGAGAUGACGCGCGUGGCACUACGUAUCAUCAGCUUUGUGACGGCCGUCUUCAUCUGGAGUUUGGGCUUCUGGUUUUUCUGCAUUGCCGUGGCGAGCACGCUGAUGGUGGCGAGGGAGCUCAAGUUCAAGCUGAAUUGGAAUGCCUUUGUGUUUCCGAACGUGGGAUUCACCAUAGCUACAAUUGAAAUCGGACGCGUGCUAAGGAGUGAAGGAGUCUUGUGGUUGGGCAGUGUGAUGACUGUUUUAUUGGUAGGGCUAUAUCUAUUUGUCCAGGUGAUGUGUGUGCGGGCAGUGUUGAACAAGACGAUACUGUUCGAGGGCUGUGAUGAGGAUGUAUAUCACACAGAAAGAAAAGUCAAGAGUGAGAAGCGAGCGGCCACCGGUGGGACCAUCGGCGGCAACGAGAAGGAAGAGUAG